AUGGCAUCACACCCCUGCGACCUGGUUACUCUCGAGCCUAAUAGGGUCGUUGAAACCCUCAAGAAUCUCACCACAAAGUUUUGUGACUACAGAGUGCUUGAUGUCGUGAACUUGUUACCCACUGCCAAUGAUGGAACCAUCACGCAUUUAUAUAUGCAGGGGAAUGUUUUAGACACAACCAAGUUGCUUAUAUUUCCUCUUCCACUCGUGGCUGCUGCUCAUCAACAACUCCUAGCAGGCUGUAGACAUCCAGAUGCAAAUGAUCUUGAUGGUUUAAAGGUUCAGAUUAUACUCUGUUUCAACUAG